AUGGACGGUCUAUCACUAGAUUUAAACUUAGACUUAAAUUUAGAAAAUAGUAUACUAUUCGACAAUAACACAAAUCUAGACCAAUUCGUAGAUUCAAACGGAAAGAAAAUACAGAUAAAGAAAAAACAAUACCUAUACAAUGGCCUAGACAAAAAUAACCUAUGGAAAAAUGAUGAUUCUUAUGGGAUCAAUAUUAAUCGUCUCUUGGAUAAAAUUGAAUCAGAUCGGGACAACAACAGCGAUGAUAUUGAUAAUAAUAAUAACGACGAUAAUAAUGAUAAGCACACCUCAAUCUCUGAUAAUUCUUUAUGGGUCGAAAAAUGGAAACCUACAAAAUUUAUCCAUUUAGUGGGUAACGAACACACAAAUAGAAGAAUCUUAUCCUGGUUGAGACAAUGGACACCCUUAGUCUUCAAAGAGGAAUUACCAAAAAGAACAAUCAAUAACAAUAACAACAACAAUAAUAAUAAUAAUAACGUGGAAUCUUCCGAUUUCUUUCAAAGACCAAAUAAAAAAAUCUUAUUGAUACAUGGUCCUCCAGGUAUCGGUAAAACUUCAAUUUCUCAUAUCAUUGCAAAACAACAAGGUUAUUCAAUUACUGAAAUUAAUGCAAGUGAUGAAAGAUCCGGUUUACAACUAAAAGAAAAAAUCCAUAACAAUAUAUUCAAUAAUAAUUUACUUAAGAGGCCAAUGUGUUUAAUAGCUGAUGAAAUUGACGGAUCAAUUGAAAAUGGUUUUAUUAAAAUUUUAAUUAAUAUCUUGAAAAAUGAUUCAAUUGCAACAGAUUACAUUCAAUCUAAUCAAAUGAACCAUAAAACAAAAGAGUUUAAAAAAAGAUUGAAAAAAUUAUUAUCAAGACCAAUCAUCUGUAUCUGUAAUAACAUUUAUUCUCCAUCUUUAGAAAAAUUGAAACCAUAUUGUGAAAUUAUUUCAUUUAAAAAACCAAAUGAAAAUUCAAUUCUAGAGAGAUUGAAUUUUAUCAUUGACCAUGAAUUUAAAAAAAAUGAUCUACUAUUAGAUAAUGAUUUUUUUUCAGCAAAUAAUUUAAAGGAUUUAAUUUUGACUUCACAAAACGAUAUCAGAAAUUGUAUAAAUAAUUUACAAUUCUUAUCUGUUCAAAUCAAAAAAUGUAAUCCAAACGAUAAAAAAUUAGAUAAAAGUAAUAUCGUAAAAGAUUUUACACAAUCAUGGUUUAAAAUUGUUAAUGAAGUUUUCCAAAAAAAUUCACAAUUGGAUAAUAGAUCACAACUGAUAAACCUAAUGGAAAAGAUUGAAAUGAGUGGUAAUUUCGAUAAAAUUAUUCAAGGUUGUCAUUCGUUAUAUCUUUCUGUAAAGUAUUCGGAUUUUGGUGUAAAUAAACCCUCAGAGAUAUCGGACUGGUUAUACUUCUAUGAUUUGAUGUCAAGUUCGUUAUAUGAAUUAAAUAAUGGUGAAUUAUUGAAAUAUAAUUCAGUGGUUCCUAUGAAAUUUUUUAAUCUAUUUAGUGACGUUGCCAAUAAAAAAGAUCUAAGGAUUGUUAAUGUCGAUUAUGAGCUAAGAGAAUCUAUUAAAUUAAAUAAAGAUAUCUCUAACUUAUUGAUUUCGAAUAUUUCAUUAAAUUCAUCAUUUUUAUCAAAUUUUUUGAACAAUAAUGUAUUAAUGUUUGAAAUUUUACCUUACUUAGAUUUCAUAAUUUCAUCCGAUUAUUCAAAAAUCAGAAAUUUGAAAGUUAAAAAUAUAAUUUUUGAUAAUAUUAUCGAUAUAAUGAAAAAUUAUCAGUUGAAUCUAAUGUACAAUCAUAUUCAAACAAUAUCAAACACAAAAUUUAAUGAUAAUGACUCUAAUUUAAUUGACCUUAAUAAAAAAAUAUUGUCGAUCGAUCCACCAAUUAACAAGAUUGUUAUAAUUGAUUCAAAACGUUCAAAAGAAGUAAUUACCAAAAGACCAAUUUUAUUAAACCUGCUACUGGCAAAAUUUGAAGAAAAUAAAGUUAAAAAAAGACAUUUUGAUAAGGUCUCCGCAUAUAAAUUACAAAAUGAAGAAACCCAGAAUAACAACAAAAAAUUAAAGAAAGAUUCAAACUCAUCAACGAAAAUUAAUGACUUCUUAAAACAAUAUCGUUCAUUGAAAAAGAAUGAAGAUUCAACUUCAAAUAAUAAUAAAAUAUCAAGUGAAAAUGGUGAAAACGAUAAAUCCACACCUAUAGUAGACCAUUCUCGUAUUUGGGUUAAAUAUAAAGAAGGUUUCUCGAAUGCAGUUAGGAAAAAUGUUAAUUGGAAUAGUCUAUGGCAAUAA